AAGAUAAGGUAAUAGCAUCGAUAAGAUACUGUUGAAUAGACGUUAUUAGGAUUAUUACAUCUAUUCUCAGACAGUAAGAAUUGCGGUUUCGACGACGAAGGUUAUUCGCCGUAGUAAUUAACUGUCGUUUAAUCCUAACCUUAAAAUAAUGACCGGAAUCAAAGAGAUGGCAGGUAAAAAUGGAGCGGCCAAGCUAUCGAGACUACGUGACCUAAUGAAAACAGUGGUGGUUGGAACAACUGGAAAAGGAGUAGAUGCUUAUAUAGUAGGUUCUGAAGAUGCUCAUCAGUCAGAAUACUUGGCAGAAAAGGAUCAAAGGAGGGCAUUCAUUUCUGGCUUUGCCGGAUCAGCUGGGACUGCAAUCAUUACUUCUGAUAAGGCUCUACUGUGGACCGAUGGCCGGUACUUUGCACAGGCUUUAAAAGAGUUGGAUCCUCCCGAAGCAUGGACUUUAAUGAAGGAGGGAGUUACUGGCACUCCGACACAAGCUUCAUGGCUAGCUUCAAAUUUAUCCCCAAAGUCUGUAGUUGCUGCAGAUCCAAACCUCAUGAGUAAUAGUGCCUGGGCCCCUAUAUAUGCGAGUCUUAUUGCUGCAGGGCAUAAUUUUGUUCCACUUGAAAAAAACCUCGUAGACCUAGUAUGGGGAAAGGACAGGCCGGGCUCCCCGUCGCACAAAAUAGUAGCCCAGCCUCUCAAAUAUACUGGCAAAACAGCAGGAGAGAAAAUAGAGCUCUGUCGCGAGGCUAUGCGCACCGAAGGAGUGAGUACCCUAGUAGUAACGGCACUCGACGAAGUUGCUUAUCUCCUGAAUUUAAGGGGGAGCGAUAUCGCAUACAAUCCUGUAUUCUUUGCCUACGUUGUUGUUACUAUGGAGGAAGUUCACUUUUUCGUUGAGCAGUCAAAUCUCACGGAUGAGGCAAGACAGCAGCUGAAAGAUGAGGGUGUAGAUCCGAACUAUCACCCCUAUGAAGAAGUAGAUGUAUACUUGAAGGAAAGAAGCUCCACCAGUGAGGGCAAGACCUGGAUCAGUGAUAGCUCUAGUUAUGCUUUACAUGUCAGUUGUGGGGCUGGAGAGGUAAAUUGUAAGCGUCAUACCAACAUUACACCCAUCUGCGUUAUGAAGGCCAUUAAGAACCCUGUUGAAAUUGAGGGAAUGAAAAAAGCUCAUCUGAAGGAUGCUGUAGCACUUGUUAAAUAUCUUGCCUGGCUAGACGAUAAGGUCAAAUCGCGAAAUGGAGAACCUCCAGUCACUGAACUCUCUGGGUCAGCUCAAUUAGAAAAAUUCAGGGCGGAACAGGAGGAUUUUGUUGGUCCGAGUUUUAACACGAUAUCGGCAGUAGGAGCUCAUGGGGCGAUUAUACACUAUGCGCCCACUCCGGAAACAGAUGCAGUCAUUAACGACCACGAAUUCUACCUUUGCGAUUCUGGGGGCCAGUAUCGUGAUGGAACUACAGAUGUAACGCGAACAGUACACUACGGUGUACCUAGUGCCUUCGAGCGUGAAUGCUUCACACGAGUUUUUAAGGGACAGUGUGCUCUGGCAAAAGCGAUCUUUCCAACAAUGAUCAAGGGCAACUAUUUAGAUAUUUUAGCUCGGAAAAGUUUGUGGGAGGUUGGGUUAGACUAUUUACAUGGUACUGCACAUGGAGUCGGAGCAUUUUUAAAUGUCCAUGAAGGACCCAUGGGUAUUUCAUGGCGCCCCCACCCUCAUGAUCCAGGCCUACAAGUCGGCAUGUUUCUCUCUAAUGAACCAGGCUAUUACGAAGAUGAUAAGUUUGGUAUUCGACUGGAAGAUAUAGAGGUUGUUGUGGAAGCAGCUACACCGUACAAUUACAAAUCGCGGUCUUCGCUCACCUUCCAGUGCGUCACUCUCGUCCCCAUACAGAGCAAUCUACUAGAUUUAUCACUACUAACGGAUAGUGAGAUUGAAUACUUGAAUCGGUAUCACGCAGAAGUCCUGGAAAAAGUCAGUCCUCUGUUACAAGGAGAAGAAAACCUGCAGGCUCUGACUUGGUUGAAACGAGAAACACUGCCAAUAUUCAGAUAACGACCAUCUAACCAAAAUAAUAUUUAUAAGAAUACGAGAAAUGAGAUAAUUAUUCGUGAAUACCAAUCACUAUUUUUUUUUGUCUAUAUUAUAUUACAGUUUAUUGAAA